AUGUACAAUCCGGUGGAUGCCGUCUUAACAAAAGUAACUACUCACUACGGGAUUGAUGGUUUUACUCUAAGAUAUGCCAUUUGUCUAUUAGGCUCUUUCCCUCUGAACGCUAUUUUAAAGAGGAUCCCUGAGAAGCGUGUUACUUUGAAAUGUUGCUUUAUCAUCUCUAUGUCAAUAUUUUACUUAUUUGGUGUGCUUAACCUAGUAAGCGGAUUUCGGACCUUGUUUAUUAGCACCAUGUUCACGUACUUGAUCUCUAGAUUCUACCGCUCCAAGUUUAUGCCACAUUUGAAUUUCAUCUUCGUUAUGGGUCAUUUGGCGCUGAACCAUAUUCACGCCCAAUUCCUUAAUGAGCAGACUCAAACGACUGUUGAUAUUACAAGUUCACAAAUGGUCUUAGCCAUGAAACUAACUUCCUUUGCCUGGUCAUACUAUGAUGGCUCGUGCACCAGUGAGAGUGAUUUCAAAGACUUGACUAAACACCAGCAGUCUCGUGCCGUUAAAGGCCACCCAUCUUUAUUGAAAUUCUUAGCAUACGCCUUUUUCUAUUCAACGUUGUUGACUGGGCCAAGUUUUGAUUAUGCUGACUUUGACAGCUGGCUGAAUUGUGAGAUGUUCCGUGACUUACCUGAAAGUAAAAAACCAAUGAGAAGAUAUCAUUCUGGAAAAAGACAAAUUCCAAAAAAUGGUAAAUUGGCUUCAUGGAAAGUGGUUCAAGGUCUCCUGUGGAUGGUUUUAAGCGCAUUAGGGAUGAAAUACUUCCCUCCUUCAUAUGUUUUGGAUAGAAAGACUUUCGGGCAAAGGUCCUUUAUUUUCAGGUCACAUUACUUAUUCUUACUAGGUUUUAUUCACAGAUUCAAGUAUUAUGCUGCCUGGACCAUUUCCGAAGCAUCUUGUGUAUUAUGUGGAUUAGGGUAUAAUGGUUAUGAUCCAAAGACUCAAAAGAUCAGAUGGGAUCGUGUUAGAAAUAUUGACAUUUGGACCGUAGAAACGGCACAAAGUACACGUGAAAUGUUGGAGGCAUGGAAUAUGAACACUAACAAGUGGUUGAAGUACUCCGUUUAUUUGCGUGUUACUAAAAAGGGCGAGAAGCCCGGUUUCCGUUCAACUUUGUUCACUUUCUUAACUUCAGCAUUUUGGCACGGUACCAGACCUGGUUACUACCUGACAUUUGCCACGGGGGCGUUGUACCAAACAUGUGGUAAAAUUUACAGGCGUAAUUUCAGGCCAAUGUUCUUACGGGAAGAUGGUGUUACGCCUCUACCCUCCAAAAUAAUUUAUGAUCUCAUCGGCAUAUACGCAAUCAAGUUAGCAUUUGGCUAUAUGGUACAACCAUUCAUCAUACUUGAUUUGAAACCAUCCUUAAUGGUUUGGGGGUCUGUUUAUUUCUAUGUCCAUAUCGUCGUUGCUUUUUCAUUCUUUUUGUUCAAGGGACCUUAUGCUAAACAGGUCACUGCAUUUUGUAGAUCCAAGCAGCCUAAAGAGAUCUUCAUCAGAAAACAAAAAAAAUUGGAAAAGGAUAUCAGCGCAAGUUCUCCUAACUUGGGCGAUAUAUUAAAGGCAAAAAUGGAUCACGAAAAGAAUAAAACACCUGAAGAAGAUGAAAUGAAUUUAGGUAUUCCGCCUAUAGAAUUGGGCAAAUGGGACAAUGCUAAAAAAGACUGGGACGAUUUCUGUAAUGAUUAUAAAGAUUGGAGAAAUAAAAAUGGUCUUGAAAUAGAGGAGAAAAAUCUAUCCAGAGCUUUCGAAAGAUUUAAACAAGAGUUUUCUAAUGCUACAGGAAGUCCAGGUGAAGGCGUGAGGAAGAUGAGUUUCAGUGGAUACUCACCGAAGCCCAUUCCAAAGAAAGAGCAGUAG